GAAUGAAAUAUUUACAUUCCUUUUGGAUUUUAGUCUUUACUUUUCUUCUGGGCGAUGACACUCGUUAAAAAGGAUUUAUUUAUCUCUGUAUUUAAUUGCAUUUUUUCAACUGUCUUACAGAUUUGGGGCAGAAUUUUCAUGUUGCACCAUUGUGAUUUUGAGGCUUUUGUUGGAGAUGUUGCUCUCAUAGCGAACCCUAACCUUCGAUGCAUCUUUAAUGAGCUUGCCUGAUAUAGAUAUCAUUAUACCGCAUUCCUGUGAUAUAUGACCAAUUUUGAAGCAUGAAGUGCGCCAUCACUGGAGUCAACAUUAAAGUCUUUGCAAGAUCUAUCCACUCACUUGCCCGCAUAGGAGAUGAACUGCACGUAGAGCCGAGGGUUGAUGGAGUCUCGUUCUGCACUGUCAAUUCUUCGCGGUCAGCAUUUGCCUCAUUCUUGUAUGGCGAGAGUUUCUUCAGUCAAUACGAGAGUGGAGUGGAUGCCCCCAGUGGGAGCUGUUCCCAAUCAAGCUCACUGCAGAGUGACGCUCAGGCUGUCAAGUGCAAAGUCGCCAUGAAGGCUUUCUUAGGAGCCUUCAAGUCCCUGUCAAAUGUCGAGAAAUCUGUUGAACGCUGCAAAAUAAUGGUUGAUGAAGCGUGUUCCAAAUUGCUUGUACAGCUUGUGUGCCGCUACUCAGUUGUUCGUAAUUAUCACUUACCCUUCAUUGAAUGUGAAACGCUCGCAGCUGUUUACGAUGAAUCAAGCUGUCCUUACACUGUCACUUCCCCUUCUCGUCUGCUUAGUGACGUGCUAGUCAAUUUCCAGCCGGGGCAAGAUGAAGUCAGCUUCAAAGUCACGCCAACUUCUGCUUCUAUGAGAAAUUAUGUUGACGAUGAGCCCGAUUUGACCAAAGUUAUAAGAACUGAACUACAACUGGAAAACGACGAAUUUGACUCUUUUAAUAUCGCGUCAGACGGUGAAGUUGUGUUUAAUCUCAAGGAGUUGAGGGCCAUUCUCAGUUUUUCUGAACCCUGCAACCUUCCCGUCAAGGCCUGCUUCUCUCAACCUGGCAGCCCGGUGAUCUUCGGCGUAGAGAACAAGCCGCUUUUCGAGUGCAAGUUCGUACUUGCCACGCUUAUACCGACGUCAGUUGCAGAAUCUCAGGCCGGCACAGCCAACGGGGCAUCAUUAAACACUACAAUAAAUAAUGCUUCCACGGCUCUGAAAGAAAAGAAGACUCGUGCCGACGGCAAGCAUCACGUGGUUGAGCAUCAUCAGCCGGAAAUGCCCCAUGAACUCGAUGCUUUUGAUCCUUGUGUACCUGAUAACUCUAAUCUUGGUUUAAAUUCCUGUCACCAGCCACCCAGAAAAGAACCUGGCUCAGAGAGUGACGAUAUACCUCUCAUGGCUCGGUCCAUUAGAGCGCUUGAAAAUGUAAAAAGCACUGAAGGCUACAAUCGACAUUCUACAGCUGAGCGCCAACCUGCGAACGGCUCCACGCCUUCCUGCCAAGCUCAAUCUCCUGCUCGUAAUUCGCUACUGCGACGUCAUGUAGAAGAGUCUGAUAUGGCUGUCCUGUGCGACGGUGUCAGUGUUGACCGCACACGCUCGCCUCUGAGGGAUGUCGCCGAGGAGAUUCGGGACUUGGGAGCAAUUGAUGAUCAGUUAGUCAUGCCCAAUGAUGUUCCACCUGAAGCGCACUCACCUCCUCUUAAGAAAAAACGUAAGCACUUCCUUUUCUAUCGCUGUUUCAACUCCACGUACAAUCCCGCAGAGGCAACUUUGCGCAGCGAUGUCCUGGCACCUGACUCUGACCCAGAAGAUUGAUAAGUAACUGUAUUAACGUUUUUUGUUUCCGAUAGGACUUGUAAUAAAUGUAUAUUUUUUGUUACAUUACAAGACUUCGAAAGUCAUCCAACUAUGGAAAAAACGGAGAGGAAAAGUAUCACGUUAUGCAUAAGCCAUAAACUACAAGUACAUUAACUCGCACAGGCCAAAGUUUCUAACGGGCGCAGCUUUUUGAAUCUUAUGUUGUUUAAGAUAAAUUGAACUCUAGCACAGGGAGUUUUAAUUCAUUCCUGGCCGACGUGUCAGCCCACCCUAGGAAACCUGCAUGCUCGGCGACAUGUUUAUGGCACGUCACCUUCACCCUCGUGCGCCUUUCUGAUUUCCAACCAUUACGUCUUGGCUUGUUUUCCGUUACAUUGAAUAAAAUCUAUAUCUUCUGUUGCAGGCAAUAAUUAAUGAAUACAAUGAUAGAAUUUUAUUGGGUUAAAACAUUUUUCUUCGUUAAAUGGAAGGCUGACUUGGGUUAAUACUCGGACUCUUAUUAACGUUUUUAUUCGAAGUUAUUAUACGCCAAGUCCAUUUCGCGAAAUGAUUAGGUUUAUGGCCCGUGUAAGAAAUAUGCCCGUUUCUCAAAUCUUGAAUGAAAAUUAGUGCAAGGCUAGCUAGGAAAUGGUUAAGUUUAAGGUACAUUAUUUUCAACAGUUCAUCACAUCACAGAGAGCUUAGGCUUCGGCUAAGUUUAUAUAUAAAACAUUUCCAUCUAUACAAAUAAUUGCCCAUAUAAAACGACAUUAAUAUCUUAUAUCUAAGAAAAAUGUUCUUACAUAUAUAAAAAUCACAUAGAAUUAACAGGAGUACAAAAAGGAACAGCUAUGAAUCUACGUAUUUAUACCGAAUGCUAUUAUGGCCGUGAAUUUCAUCAUGGCGUGCUUUGCAUCAUGUAUUCAUUGGCACGCGUGUGAGGAAGCUACAAGAAAUGCUGGCCAAAAAGGUCUAGGUACCCGUUAUUCUUCAUAAUUGAACGCUCAUGUCAUUGUCGAGUUACGGCAUUCACUCUUUUGCAAGCAAGUACAGUGCACACAUGUUUCUUCUACACUUCAGCUUUGGUAUAACAAAAAAUAAUAGUACAAAUAAAAAUUGUAUCUUUUUGCUUCUGAG